AGAAGCGUAAUUUGUUAAAAUUAUAAAAUAUCUAUGAACUCCGGUUUAAAUCAUUUCAUAUCUUUAUAGAAAAAAACAAUUUUAAAGAAAAAAAAUAUGUACUUCAAGUGCUGGACAAAUUUAAUUUAAUUUUAGCGUAAAUUCAAAUAUGAAACUCAUACAAUGUCAGUAUUUUUCACAUAACUAAGCCAAUAAUGUUCAGAAAAUUGAUUACUAUAUCUUAUUGAGCUUGUAAUUAAAUUUAAACUAUAUCUGCAAUCUAGCCUAAACAAUUAAAUUUUUGGUAAAUUAUUACAAAAAAUGCGGAACUUUGCAAAUUCCGACUUUACUGCGAAAAAUUAGUUUUUUUAGUCAAAAGAAAACCAAACUAAAACCAACUGCCCAAAAAUGAUAUAUAACAUGUUAGACAUCGUUGGAAAUCAAUGCUUUUUUAAAACCGGCGCCAAUUUGAGGCAAGCUCGAUAUUGCCGAUUGUUAGCCAACACUGGGCCAUCAGCUGAGAAAAACCAUCCCCCACCACCCAACGAAUUUAAACAAAAAAAAAAAAAAAAAGCGACGCCGAUAGCUUUUCCUCGGAGCCAUUAAUCCUUCUCCACCAAGCCAGCACAGUGACCACUACGCGAUGAUUAAGCUGCAGCCACCGCCAGAUGUGGCCGGUGGCUACGACAAUUUUCGAUGCGGGGAGGUCUUCUUCAAUCCACCCGCCUCCUAUGACAUCUGCUGUUCGCUAUGCCACCAGCGUUUGUCGUUGGGCAGCUUUCCAGAACACUUCCGGAUGAUGCACAUUACUGGAAAUAGUAGCCCCGAAUCCACCAUCAAGCUGCAAAGCGAUCCCAUUGCCCAGGAUGUCAGCGAAGCUCUAGAUAACGAUGAUUUAAUCGACGAGCAUGUGGAGGAGCCAAAACAGGACAUGGUGCAAGAGAAUGCUCCUCGCCAACGUCAUCAGCGGGCGGCAGCGAUGAAGAACACCCUGGUUGAGACUCGAGAGGAGUUACUAGACAUAGAUCUCGAUUGGACUGGUAGCGAGCAGCUGGAGAACGAUGAAACCCACGAAGAGGAGGAGGAUUCGGAUGAAGACGAGUCCGCCCAGGCAAGCAACGACACUAAGGACAUGCUGUUCCAGUGCGAUCAGUGUGACCGGGCGUACAAUACUAAGCGCAGCCUGCAGAGCCAUCGCCGUUUAAAACAUAUCGAAAACUCCGGCGGAGCUAAGGAUAAGACCGUUGGCGAGCGUAAAAGCAAAAAGCGGAAUGGCCCAAGAAAGGUGUACAAGUGCAACGAAGACGCCUGCAAUCAGACGUUUCGAACGGAACGCGAUCUGCGCGGUCAUCGGUGGAAGCACACGGGCAUAUUCUGCGACAUCUGCGGCAAACCCUUUACCCAGUCGGGUAACAUGAUGCGCCACCGUCAGCGGCACAGUGGAAUCAAGCCGCACAAAUGUCCAGAAUGCGACGCUACCUUUUACACACAGAAGGAGCUGUCCUCUCAUAGUAUUUGCCAUACGGGUCGUAUGCCUUGCAUUUGCGAGGUGUGCGGACGACCUUGCCGGGAUCGAGGCGUUCUCACCGCGCACAUGCGUCGACAUACGGGCGAAAGGCCGGCCAAAUGCGAAGUCUGCGGAAAGGCCUUUUAUAGUUUUCACGACCUCAAUGUUCAUGCUGUUUCUCACACCAGUUUGCGACCGUUUGUCUGCGAUGUUUGCGGUUCUACGUUCCAAAGAAAGAAGGCGCUCCGUGUCCACAAACUGCUUCAUUCGGAGCAGCGUAAGUACGCCUGCAAGCUAUGCGGCAAGACCUUUGCUCAAUCCGGAGGUCUCAAUGCCCAUAUGCGCAGUCAUGAUCCGGGGAGAGUAAAAGGAGCAGUGAAGCCACUGCCGCAGUCGGUCACCAUCGAGGUGAUUAAGGGCAGUAAGCCACCCACCACCACCAUCACCAUGGCCAUCGACCUCAAUGUAGAAAAGCAGUUGGUUACGCAAACCGAAAACGCUGCCGCAACUUGGCGUCUGGCUAACUGAAUAGAUAUUUAGGAUUGAUCAACUAAUAAGCAUAGUUAUUAAUUACAAAGUAAAGCUGAAUAAAGGCGGAGAUCAACUA